AAGAAAAAGAAAAAGAAAAAUAUAUAUAUACACAUCCGCUAUAGAUAUAGAAGCUAUAUUUAUAUAGAAGCUAGCCUUAACUUCUUCAGCCCCCAGAACCAAAGAAAAAAGGAAGAUACCGAGAGAGUAACAGCAAAAAUGGUGCAACGGCUAACAUACCGUAAAAGGCACAGUUAUGCCACCAAAUCCAACCAACAUAGGGUUGUCAAAACCCCAAGUGGGAAGCUGAUUUACCAGACUACAAAGAAGAGGGCUAGUGGACCUAAGUGUCCUGUUACUGGAAAAAGAAUUCAAGGGAUUCCUCACUUGAGACCUGCUGAAUACAAGAGGUCCAGAUUACCUGGAAACAGAAGAACUGUGAACCGUGCUUAUGGUGGUGUCUUGUCAGGCAGUGCUGUACGUGAAAGGAUCAUAAGAGCCUUUUUGGUGGAAGAACAGAAGAUUGUGAAGAAGGUUUUGAAGAUCCAGAAAGCCAAGGAAAAGCUUUCAUCCAAGGCCUAAGUUUGUUAUCC